AUGUUGCGACCGCUCCGAUCUUUGCUCCUGUUGCUGUACAUCUGUACAAGCAUUGAAAUAGUCUUGCUUACUAAUCCCUAUCAACAUCGUGAGCAAAGAGUACAUGCAGAUUUCGAUCUGAAUCAGCCCGCAAUUCUCGAAGACGAUGAAAUUCAAGAAGGGAGCGAAAACCAUCACACCUCCCUAAUUCGCGCCGCAGCACCUCAAAGCCCGGCUAAGGAAGCUCUACAAUGUGAACACAACACUCUUUGUGCACAUUGGCCAGAACUUACAAGAGCAGAAAAAACCAAAGUAUACUGGGAUAGAUAUAAAAAGAAGACGCCGAAAGAGACUUUGAAGCUGCAAGCAAAGCUGCGAAACAAGCGAUUCAGAGAAAGGAAAGCUAUACCUCUCAUGGAUAAAAAAAUACAAAAUCGGAUAAGAUACGAAAAUGAUUCAAUUCGAUAUGCUCACUUAACGGAAGAUAGAAAGCUGCUCUCUCAAAAGCGUCCUGUCUCUAAAUCCAAAGCACCCUUCCUUUGGGAUCUCAAUAAAGACCCGCCAGAUGAGGAAAGUAAGGUGGGAAGCUGGUUGAGUGAAGGUCGCGAAAAUGGCUCUAACAAGGAGUCAAUCGUUGAAGCCACAAUUGGGUCCGGUAGAUAUUGGGGCACACGAAAGAGACGUACUGAUCUUAAUCCAGCUCACAGGCUACAAAUUCGGAACCCUCUUGCAGUAAACAAGACAUUAUCAAAGCCUGACCAGGCUGAAAGGCCAUCCAAAUUAACAGCUGAACAAAAACAAAGGUACAGUCUACAAAGAAAGCUUAUUUAUGCGGCAUUACGUCGUGAUGAGAGAAAAGCUAUCAACAUAAAACGUGCUCAACAAGAAAAGGAUCGAGUAGAAAGGAUGAACAUAGAGGAGCGAAAAGCUUAUGUAGCAAGAGAACGAAUUUGGAAAAAACAGAAUAGAGUCAAAUUAGAAAACACAAGAACAGAAGAGCAAAAACAGGAAUAUAAAGCUAAACGAGCGAUAGUGAAUAGGAAAUAUUACCUCUCACGAAAAGCAAAGGAAAAUCAAUAA